CAAUCAUCAACCCUGCCACCAAGCCUGCAGCCGUGGACACUAAAAACAGGGCUCACACUAUGAUUCAACGUCCAUCCAUCCUUCAUUCCAUGUAUUAGGCAGGACGCCUGAGAUACUUCAAAUAUGCGGUGUAUCCCAUCUCUUGCCUACCUUCCUAUGUCUACCUACUACCUACCCCGCCAUCUAGCUGUCUGGGUUUUCACUUCAUUCUGUCAUUCUUAACCUAAAGUUUCUACUCAACUUCAUCCAGCUCAAAGUCAACAUCGCCAUGUCUCCAACUGUACCCACCGUCGACUUCGGCAAAUUUAUCCAUGGCAGCCCAUCGGAGAAGAAAGAAGUUGCGGUGCAGAUUGACGACGCAUUCCGCAACAUCGGCUUCGUCAAACUUACAAACCACAGUGUACCCAAGGACAUGGUACAGAAAUGCUUCGACUGGUCCAAGACAUUCUUCUCCCUACCCCUCGAAUCCAAAAUGCUCUGCCCACACCCCCCAGGCGGCGCCCACCACCGCGGCUACUCCGCCCUCAGCACUGAACACUUAACCAGCAUCCCGGACACCAAAGAAUCCUACGAAUCCGGAAACCCACUCGACGCCGCACAGCCCAACAUCUGGCCUCCCGCCGACUUAAUCCCAGGCUUCCAGCCCUUCAUGGAGUCCUUCUUCACGUCCUGCGCGGCGUUCGUGCACAUCUUGCUCACCGCGCUGUCGCUCGCCCUCGACAUGGACUCCGACUUGAGCGCCACGCAUAGUGAGAGUCUGUUCCAGCUGCGUCUGCUGCACUAUCCCGCUGUGGCUAGGCGUGUGCUGCAGCGUAAUGAGGCUACGCGGAUUGGUGCGCAUAGCGACUUUGGUACGCUGACGCUGCUGUUUCAGGAUGAGGUUGGUGGGCUGGAGGUUGAGUCUCCGCCUGGGUCGGGUACGUUUAUUGGGGUUCCGGGAGCGCAGGGCGAGAGGGGCGAGAGUGUGUUGGUGAAUGUGGGGGAUCUGCUUGCGCGGUGGAGCAAUGAUCGGUGGAAGAGUACGGUGCACAGGGUCGGGGUGCCGCCCGUUGUGGAGGGGAGUGCGGAAGAAGACAUGUGUGCGCCGCGAUAUUCGAUACCAUUUUUUGCUACGGCGAAUGAUGAUACCGUGAUCGAGGCGCUCCCGGGGUGUUGGAGUGAGAGCAACCCAAAGAAAUACGAGAGUGUGACGGCAAGGGGAUAUGUGCAAAUGAGUAUGGCGGAGUUGUAUUGAGAUUAUUUGUUGACAAGCGGAACGGAAAAUAUCGAAGGCUUGGACUCGACUUAUCAAAUCUCUCCUACAUGAGAUACGAUGCCCAUUCCCACUGGACUACUUCAUGUCGAACAAGACCAUGGAUAGAAAACAAACAUAACCAUUCAUCUUGUACAGACCGUGCCCUUAUGUCAAAACGCCUUUCUACGCCUAGCCAGAUGUGCACCCAAAUGCGCCGUCGUAAGAAAUAAUUCAGAAAGAGUUUUUAUAUCGAAUCUCUGGACUUCUUCUUUUUCUUCUUCUCGAUCUCCUCGCCACCCU